AGCGGGGACUCGGGGCCGCGCGGCAGCAUGAGGGCGCACGAGCAGGAGCUGAAAAUGGAGAGCGACAUUCUAGACGCGUUGGAGGCUUUGGGGUAUAAAGGUCCCCUGUUAGAGGAGGAAGCACUUAGCAAAGCAGUAGAAAAUGGAUUAUCUUCACCAGACUUUUCUGAGCUUUGUGUUUGGUUAAGUUCCGAAAUAAAAUCAGUGUGUGACCUGGAAGAAAGCAUCACUUCAACAGCUGGUGGGGAAGAUGUAGAGAGCUUCCAGCUUGAGAUUAGUGGUUUUUUAAAAGAAAUGGCUUGCCCAUAUUCAACACUUGUGUCUGGAGAUAUUAAGGACAGGUUAAAAAAGAAAGAGGAUUGUCUUAAACUCCUGUUAUUUUUAAGUACAGAGCUUCAAGCUUUACAGAUAUUGCACAGCAAGCAACUUAAAAGUUCUCAUUUGGAAAAGAAUAAUGAAAUCUAUCAGGAAGUGCAAACUCUCUGUGACUCGCUGGGCCUAUCAAAGCCAUCAUCUUCUGACAUUCCUCUCUCGUUAAGCAAUGUGGAGUCAAAGAUCAAGGACAUUCUUUCAAAAGUAAAAAAUACCCAUGUGGGGAAACCACUGCUAACAACACCUUUGAAUCCUGAUCAGACGGAAAGAUUGGAAAAAAUCAAUGAUGCCCUCUGCAGUGAAUAUGAAUGUCGUCGUCGGAUGUUAAUGAAGCGGCUUGAUGUGACCGUACAAUCCUUUGGCUGGUCUGAUAGAGCAAAGGUUAAAACAGAUGACAUAGCAAGAAUUUAUCAGCCCAAACGUUACGCACUAUCUCCUAAAACAACCAUUACGUUUGCCCACCUUCUUGCUGCUCGAGAAGACUUAUCAAAGAUCAUAAGGACAAGUAGUGGAUCUACACGAGAAAAGACGGCCUGCGCUAUCAAUAAGGUCCUGAUGGGGAGAGUGCCAGACCGUGGAGGCAGACCAACUGAGAUUGAGCCACCACCUCCUGAAAUGCCCCCUUGGCAGAAGAGACAAGAAGGUGGUGGGAGGGGUGGUUGGGGGGGAGGAGGUGGUGGUGGGAGGGGUGGUUGGGGGGGAGGAGGUGGCAGAGGAGGAGGUGGUGGCUUCAGUGGUGGUGGUAGAGGUGGAGGUGGUUUCCAAGGACGGGGAGACUAUGGGGGCAGGGGGGGUUACAGUGGCAGAGGCGGCUAUGGAGAUCCAUAUGGUGGAAGGGGAGGAGGAGGAUAUAGAAGAUACUAACAACAACAUUGUAAAUACUAAUAACUGACAAAACAUGGUUGUGAUAUUUACUGGUAGCGAGAGGUGUGUAUAUUAGCAAUGGUUUAGUGUUAGGAAAGUUAAUUAUGAUCUCUUUAUUAAUGAAUCACUGCAUUUGAUCCCUGAUUUUAUUUAAUCCUGUUAGUUAACUGAACAUUUUUUUAUACCGAAAUGUGAUGUCUUAAAGUAGUCCCUUUUUGCACUGCUCAUGUGUGUAUUCUUAAACAGUUUGGUUUUUUAAAUAACAAAUUCCAGAAAAGUGAAUAGAAACAAUGAAUUUUCCUUUUUUCAAUGUUACUAUUUUAUGUUCAGAUCUCUUUAAUUAUUGCCUGUCAUAUCCAGAAUACAGGAAAUGAUUUAGGAGGCAUUUGGCUUUGUAGGCCAUACUUAGUUUUAUAUGCUUUAAAAGGACUGUAGAGUGCUGGUUCCUGCUUCUUGUCUUCUUUCAGUCCUCUGUAUGGAACAAUUGGAAAAAAAUGUAACAUCAGAAGUAAAUCUAAAAUACUCUUAAAAAAAUUUAAAACAAAAAAACUUCAUUGUUUCCAAGUGAUGUAUUGAAUCCAUGCUAUUCCAUGGUCAACAAAACAAGGCUAUGCUGUAUUUAUCUAUAAUGUAUACAAAUAUUUCAAAGCCAAAAACUUGCAUUGUAAAAACUGAUUUGUGAUGAGCCUUGAUAGGUAAAAUGAAAAUGAUCUGCUAAAAGUGGCAUUCUAUGAACCUCCCUUUAAAAUCAGACCCUGUUACCUGUGAUGAAAAAUUUCUCCAACCAUCUAACACCUAGCCAGCCGGUCACUUACAUGGUCUUCUGUAACACAUAAGCCCCAGAAAGCUGAGUAAGAUGACUAUGCCCUGAACUGUCCUGUUGAGAAGGAAGUCAGUCACAGGCUCUGUGUCUGGUAUUUGGUCAGUGGGCAAGGGGAGCUCACAAUGUCCUUCUGCCACCUCCCCAAAAAUAAUUGGAGUUGCAAGGAUGAGAUCCUUUUUCUCCUCCUUUGCCUCCUGCCCCAAAACACUACUCCACUCAUUCUUUGUAUCAGUUUGGGUGCUCUCAUUUUGAUUGAAAUUGGUGAGGAUCAUAAUCAUGUAGGAUUUUUAGAGAUGUAUAUGGCCCUAUUAUUUGGCCCUAUUGGCUCCACUGUCUCCUAAGUGCUUGGAAGUGACACAAAUUAACCAGAAAAGGGCACUCUUAUUUGGAAAUAAGUGUGUCCAUGGGGUAAUUGUAGCAGUAUAAUUAUAACAGUAAAUUUCCGUAUGUAGACAAGUCCUAACUUUCAAUUUAUAGGGGUCAGCUAGAGAGAGACCUUUAGGUUGUCCAGCCUAUUUACUCCCCAGCUGUUGGCCAGCUUAGUGGGGAGGCAUUAGACAUGUGUCUACUCUUGAGACGAGUCCCCUGGGUCUGAUUACCAUGAAUAACAUCUGAGUUGAGCAGAAUCAGAGCCUUUCCUUGGGAAAGGGGAGUAACUUACGUGGCUGAGGCCAAGAAGAAAGUCUCUCAAAACGGAGGGAGCAGUGUCCCUGACUACAGAGCACAGAAAACUUGAAGAGUUUCCGUAGCCUAUGUAGCUGCAGUAGUAGCUUUAAGCUGAAUAGGGCCUGCUUUUUGUUUUUAUGUGCUAGAGUUCUGAGGCUGGAUCCUUCUUUAUUAACUUCUCAUGAAUGUCCCAGCCUAACAUAUUCUGGUUCUGGGGUCCCAUAUGGGUACCCUUGACUCCAGCAGGAGCCUCAUAUACAUAUAUUUGCGCCAAAAUAUGGCCCAAGGCUAUAUUCAACAUUAAAAAUUAUUCUCUCUCCCUCAAAUAUCUUCCUCUAAUCUUGUAAGAUUAGUUAUAACAACACUUCUGUUGUUUUUUUAAACUCCUUAUUUGAACUUUUCCUUUAGACUGAAUAUAGUUUUUCCCAGCCCUGACCUCCUAUCCUGACUGGAGACUGGCUGAGAGCACUACUUAGGACAUCUGUGGCAGAAGUGAGCUAAACAGUACUGAAGGAAAACUGUACUUCCCUUUGCUUCCACUUUGAGGUCAGCUUGGUGUGAGCAGAGAACCCUUGAAUCCUACAGUAAUGGGGUCAUGAGCAACCAAAGGGCACUUUUUUGAAAAAGCUGUUCAUAGAAUUAGGAAAGUGACUUUUCCAUCAGCAGCUCCUAGCCUACUGUAGCUGUCAGCUGACUGUUUCACUCCGCUUCUGGCACUACACAACAUCACCACCAGUUCCUCUCCUGCACAUGCAUCUUGUGUUAGAUGGGAGUCACUGACAGCCUCCUGCUGCAUUAGAGAGAGGUAGGUAGGGAGUGCGGAGAGCAGUGUUUCCACUGCUUAGCUCUGCCCUGUCAGAUACUUCGGUCAGGAUGGGGACAAAAGUUUAAUACAGAACUCUGCUGUCCUCAAACUGGCUCUGUAGAAGAACAACCAGGAGGGAAAGGGAAGGAAGGGAACAGUUUCCCUUUCUCUCACACACAGUCCCUAAGCUGAAAUUCUGCCUGUUUGUCCCAAUGUAGUGUUUUGAUGACUUCUGCUACAAAGGACAUCUGAAUAGCACCAAGAGGCCGAGGCUAGGAAAAUCUGGCUUGUCUAUAUGCUAUGGUUGCAACAGUUUAAGUAAAAGUGAAAUAUCUUACUGAUUUUUAGUUAAACAGGCACAGCUUUGUGUGAGUAGCCACUCUUACAUUGGUUUUGAACUAGCUUAGCAUGCCUGUGACAGGAUUGACAUAAAUCAGACAGACAUAAAUGAAGUUUAAUCCCAUGUAAGAGUGGCCACACAAAGUCGUACCAAUUUAACUAAAUCGGUGCAACAUCACACCUUUAGUUAUAUCAGUGCACCUUCAGCAUGUAGACCAGACCUAAAACAGAUCUAAAAUAAAAGUGAAAUAAAUUGGGGUUUUUUAAUUUGCCCAUUGAAACUUUCUUAUAACCUUCCAAAAUCUGAAGCAUUAAGAAAGUAAAAUGAACAAGUACGUACACUUCAGAGAUUACAUUAUUUUGUGUCUCCCCUGUUCAGUAUGUAUGGUUUUUAACUUUCAAAAGAUGCAAUAAAAUCUUCUAAAAAUAGA